GUUGGCACUAUAUUCAGCAAAAAUUUCUGGGGACAGAUGCGGAGGCCUUCAAUACUGCAAAGGUACGCAUCUCUAUGGCGGAGCAAUAUCAGGAGAUCGACGGAGGUACCCGACGGCCUCCUAUUGAACAAGAGUAGUCAUCUUCUUACUCAAGCUACCCCAUCAGUACCCUGCUCUUCCCGACCCGGGCUGCCGGCGCCAGCGGAGACCAUAGGCCGGCGGGCUUUCGAAUCGUUCCUCCCAUUCACUCCUUACUUCCGUUCGCUGCCCAUGGCCUCCUCGUCUGCUCCUUUUUUUACUAGUUUGGUAUUUGGUAGAAGAGUAGAUAAUGGAGUUCUCUCCUUGCGCCGAUACUCUACAAUUAAUGAGCGAGAUGAUAGUGCCCUUGAAGAAGAGGUGGAGAGGAAAGCAGGAUGGUUGUUGAAAGCUAUAUUCAUAGUAACUGCGCUUGGUGUUGCUUCCCAGUUCUUUCCUUAUAUGGGUGAUAAUUUGCUGCAGCAAUCAAUUUCUCUGUUGCAUGUGAAGGAUCCGUUAUUUAAGAGAAUGGGGGCAUCAAGGCUGCGUCGCUUUGCAAUAGAUGCCCUCGGUCUCGCUCGUCUCGCGUAUGCCCUCGAUCUCGACUAUGGAAAUAGACGUUUGCUCGUCUCGCGUAAUGGACUCCUCCAAAGAAACCCUCGGUCUCCUGGCCUGCUCGGCGUCGGCCACUUCUCCUAUAUGCUCCUUCGACGUAAAUGA